AAGCUUAUCUUCAUCGAACUCGUUUUCGUCUUCAUAAUGCAUAGAGUUUUCUUUUUCCAUUUUGGUGCACCACGACUUAAGCGUUUUAAUCAUUUAAGCUGAAGUAAUUCCUAACCGCAGCAGCAGCAGCACGCACACGCACACGCUCAGCGGUAGGGAGGCGCCACAUUUCACCUUUCCAAACCGACUGCACAGCCAGAGCCGGGGCGCUGGGUUUAAUGGGUGCUGCUGAAACACAGCAGCCCGGUGGUGCCGGUACUUAGCACUACAGCACGCUGGCUCUCUGCAUGCACUGAUCACAGAACGAGGCGACAAGAAGCCAUUCCUGCAGUCGUGUCGAUUUAAACAUUUCCUGCCUUUAUUAUUGUGAUGGGAGGGUGGGGGGCGCGCAAGGCUUGGGAGUUUUGCAGCACAUUUUGACUUACCGUGUGUUUGUGUGUGUGUGUGUGUGUGUGUGUGUUAGUGUUACACUCAUCCGUGAAGCACUUCUAGAAAGAAAAUCACAAAAUGCAAUUCAAGAUUUCUAAACGAUCCGAACAGCAGUAUUUCUAAACGCUGGCGCCAGUCGGAUGAUGAUGAUGAUGAGGAGGAGGAGGGAGUGGCACUUAAACAAUAAAAACAACCACGUCCUCCCAGCCCAGCCAGAGCUGCACAAGCAAAGACGUCAUGACCACGCCCCCAGUUUACAUGACAUCAUUCAAACAGCCUGGAACGAGCCGCGCUGGCACCCCCCUGUCGAAUCAACGCAUCUUGCUUCUCAAAGUGGAAUGAAAGCUGCUGAAUAAUGUGACGUUAACAGAUUGAAUUGCACACCGCCUUGUAGUAGUUUUCCAUCUGCUUCACGCCAGAAAUUGAAUAAUGUGACAUUUCAAAAUCUAACAUGAAAUACUACUAUUACAGAUUCCGAUCCUGAGCACAGAGAAGCUGAUGGCCUUCAUCGCCACGCUCAGAGUGCACCCCUUCAUCAAGACCCCAGAUAAACCGAGCAGCCCACAGGAGGGGGGGCCGGUGGAGGAGAGGCUCGGAGCCUCUGUGGGGGUCUCCAUCGGGGGCGGUGCCACGGAGUCCCCCGGGACAGGGCUGCUGGUGGAACCCCUGACCAGCAGGGUCCCCGAGCAUGGCCAGCCGAGGGAGAAAGCAGCCGCGGGGGAGCCGGGAGCCGGCGCCCUGGAGGGUGUUUCCGACGGGAGCAGCCGACGCCUGGAGAGCUCGCCCCCUGCGGGGUGCGCAGAGGAGCCCCGGGGGGUCGUUUCGGAAGGGGCGCGCAGACCCAGGAGAGGGGAGAGGAGAAGGGCAGGAGGGAACGUGCUGGCGGAACGGCGCGGGGAGGCGGAAGAGGUUUGGGAUCCGGUGGGGAUCUCCAGGGGCGCGGGGAGGGCGCCCCCAGACAUCCAGACUGAGAUGAGGCACCCCAAACCCCAGCUCCCGUCACCCCGCUACAGGUGUGUGGAGUGUGGGACAGGAUUCGGAGAGGAGACGGCUCUCCAUGGACAUUACAUUCAGCACGCCAGAGGGGAACUGGGUUAGCAUUUCAAAGAAUUAAAAAAACAGGAUGUAAAAUCACAUGCUGUCAAAACUCUUUGAAUCAACAGGGAAAAAAAACAAAACAUUUUUUCAACAGCUGCUGAAUCCACGAGUUUUAUGUGCCGUUGCGAAACAAACUUUCACGUGUUAUUUUGAGUUUUUUCUUGUUUUUUUUGACUGCCAUCAACGCCCUGCUAUUUCAGUCUUCUGUGUAACUGUGUUAUGAUGACUCACUCGGAUUCUGUGAACCACAAAAAUAAAUAAAUAAAUAAAUAAAACAAAAGCCUAAAUGAAAUGUCAAAUUACAUCAAUAUAGACAGCUGGGUUGUGAUUAUUAUUUUUCAAAGAAAAAUGCAUUUGCGGUAUCAUGGGUUAGCGCAGCGUACACUGCACUGCGUGUGUGUGUGUGUGUUGAGGGAGAGGGAGGGGGAGUCCUCUCAUCUGCACUGUGUAAUCUUGCCCAUCCCUUCAUAAACACCAGCGCGUGCCAACGCGCUAUCUCACACAGAAGUGUUUUUAUUGAUUUGCUAAUUACAGAGGCACGGGAGCGUUUCCAAUGUAAUCAUACUGUGUUUGGACUCAGGAAGCUGCCGUCACUAAGGGGGAGUUCCGUGGACCGCCCCCCCAUUGUUGGGUCAUUUUGGAACCCAAUUCAGAAUUCCGGAACACCUUUCCCAGAGUAAUGUUCUAGACAGAACAGUUUCUGAUGCGGUUUACAAUUGAGACUUUGUGUGUGAGUUUCGCAUUUUCAAUACACGCCUCACUCCACUCUGUUCCAAUCUGUCUUUGUUUUUAAGUGCCUGUGGACAGAUUGAGAAGAACAUGACAUGAUCUGUGCGCUGCCGUGAGCGCCGGUCAAUGCAAUCCGCUAGAUUAGGCUGCCACCUUGUGGCUUUAAGCCAGCAUUGCAUGCCCAACCCCAACCCCACUCCCAACCCAGUCCCACUUUUAAGGUUGAGGAACUCUUAUGAAACCAAUCAGACUUUCAUUUCAUGUUCACAGAAGCAAGGAGACAAGAAAUCAGUUAAAUAUUUUUAUACAAAAAUAACAACAGUAACUGAACGCAAGCCCAGUUGAGCAGCACCUGCAGCUGAAAUGAGAAACACAAACAUAUUGUGCUUGCCCGCCCCUCCCCCUC